UUAGCAGGUCUAAGUGUUUAAACGCUAACCGAGAGACCGAAGAAAAUCAAGUGGAAGUAUGGAUAUCACUCAGGACAACUGAUCGAUCAGUGCUCAUCUGUUUUCAGUGAAAAAAAUGUCCAGUAGAAGCCAGCACUAUGGUUUCCAGUCAGCCACCAUGGUGCAGCCUGCUAAUGGUGGCCAUGCCUACCUGUUUGGAAACAAUGGUUCUGAGAAUGAUCUAUCAGAGGAGGAUGGUGACAGCUACGAGUUGCGGCCACGUGGCAGAGAGAGGCUGCGGAGGAGCACCUCCAGAGAGCGAUUGGACGAUAUUGUCUACCUGACCAGAGAUAUCCAGGAGGGUGACACCCUGAACAGUAUUUCUCUGCAGUAUCAUUGCUCAGUGGCUGAUAUAAAGCGUGCCAACAACCUCUUGACGGAGCAGGACUUCUUUGCCCUGCGGUCUAUCAAGAUUCCUGUGAGGCGCUUCAGUGUCCUGACUGAGACUCAUAGUACUGGACCUCUCAAAUCUGCCUCCCCUUCAGAAUCCAGGCGCCUGCCCCAGAUCUCACCAGUUACCUCCUUUCCCUCAGAGUCCUCCACAGACUCAUCCGCUUCCACAGACAGUGUGGAAGGGUUCCUCCAGGAGAAGGACAAGGACAUUGAGCAGUUGGUGAAAUCCACAGGCCCAUCUCGGAGCAGCCUUAAUGAGGUUGUGUCGUCCUUAACACUACAGCAACAGCAGCCAUUGCUGGGAGAGGUUGAGUAUAAACCAGCACAGCGAAAGGACCCUUAUUAUGGUGCAGACUGGGGCAUGAGAUGGUGGACGGCUGUGGCUAUCAUGCUGGUUGUCGGGAUUGUUACGCCUGUGUUUUAUUUGCUGUACUAUGAGGUUCUCAUGAAAGCUGAUGUAAGCCAUCAUGGCAACCCUACACAAACUAAGACACAUCAACAUAAUUUGAACAUUCCUGUUGGAGAAGUCGGUCAUGCAGGGACUGGACCUGGACACUAUGCUGGAGAUGUGGUUAAUGGAGAGCCGCAGGAACCCGGUGUGGAUAGAGCACAUGAGUUUAACAUUGAGCGCAUGAGAAAACAUAGCAAGGGAUUAUAACUUUAUGUACAACUUUGUUGCUAACUCAGAGACAUUAUAAAACUGGGAAGAUGUUCCCACUUUUUAGUAGUUUUUAUUGACUUGGUACAUCAAUGCAAUCUGAUCGGGAAAGUCACUUUUGUAGUGGGAUCAGUAAUUUUUAUAGGGUUGAGAGACCACAAGUAAGGGUGUGACCACAUUAAUUGCCUGUGUCUGAAAAAUUUUAAUUUAGUUUUUUUUUUUUUUUAAAGCAAAGAGUAUUAAUUGGCUGACAGUGGGUCCAACUGUCUCUAAAAAUAUGUUGAACUUUGUGGAACUGAUGGAUACAAUUCAGCCUUGUUUUUUCAAUAUAAAAAUCCAUGCUGCUGCAUUCUCAGAAAGUGAACUUUAUCCAAGAAGUUCAAAAGCAACACGAGAUUGA